UUAAUCAAUCCGGCAAACACACUCGAUGGCCUCGUCGCCCGUCGUGCUGACGACACCCAUGAGCCAUUCCAGAAGCGUUAUCUCACUGAGCAAGAAGCUAUAGAAGGACCAGACGAUGAGACUGAGGCCAAGGUACGACACUGUUUCAAUAUCGAGCUGAGCUCUCGAACACAGGCACUUGUAAGCCGCAUGGAAAAUCGGAUUGCGGACUGUCUCACCGGAACGCUGUUCGCAUCUCAUCAGUUUGGGUAUGGCUGGGUCAAAUGGAUUUCGGCGAUAUUCGACACAAACGGUGUUCACUACUCAGUGAGCGACGAUUCAUCAGGUGCCCGCUAUUUGCUACACAACGAACCACAGCAAAAUGAGAAAGGCACAGAUCUCAUCCAGCCAACAAUGUCGCCGAGAAGUUACUCGUUCUACACCGUCUCUCUGCAAUCAGCGGAGCGGCGCGGCCUUUCGGCGCUACUGCAUGUCUGCUGCAGAAACGUGAUAGUUGUAACGCGGGCCGACGAAUCUGCUUAUGUCGCUGAUUCUGAGACUCAUGGAAUCCGUGUCGUUUCGAAGUAUAGCCGAUCAAAGGCGUUCGAUCAAGCCACGACCAAUCUCGCAGAAAGAGACGAUGAGGACAAACCACGUAUAUUCGCAUGUGAGCCCGACAAGGAGCCUGAACGCCAAAAGCAGCUACCAAGUGUGGACAUGGCUGGCUGUGAAGUGACGCGACCUGAGCCUCUGUUACCUGGAAAAACGCCACUUUCCUAUAGAUGCUCCCAGUGCUACCUGGAACAGCCAGGCCUCUCUGUGCUUGUUCAUCACUUGCGAACCGUUCACAGCAAAUGUCCUUACGAAUGUCGAUGUCGUGUCGCGUUCAACUCCAUUGGUGAUGCCCUGAAUCAUGCGACGACAUCAUCGAAAUGUUCAUCAGAUGACCUUGUGCUGAACGUCACACCGAUAUACAACACCCGAUAC